AUGAUCUUUCCAUCCGUGCCCGUGUUAGUCGCCUCCUGCGGACUCCUCCUCGGUGCGUCGCAGGCCGCGGUGAUCCGCAAGGAAGACCAAACCUGUCGCAAAACCAGGGUCGCCAUUCUCGGUGCCGGAGUGGCAGGCAUCACAGCAGCUCAGUCGCUAUCCAAUGCUUCAAUCAGCGACUUUCUGAUUGUCGACCGCAACGACUACAUUGGCGGUCGGAUGCGCAACACCAAGUUCGGCAAAGCUCCAGAUGGCAAGCCGUACACAGUGGAACUCGGUGCCAACUGGGUUGAAGGCCUCCAGUCCAAGUCGGGAAAUGUCAAUCCCAUCUGGAGGCUUGCUCAAAAACACAAGAUCAAGAGCACCUUCUCCAAUGGCUCAUCACUUCUCACGUAUGAUGAGACCGGCGCGUACGAUUUCAUGGAUAUCAUUGACGACUUUGACAAGAAGUGGGACAUCGCCAUGGAGGAUGCGGAUAAAAUCCGCGAAGACAACCUGCAAGACACCUCUGUCCGUGCUGGCCUCAGUCUCGCUGGGUGGAAGCCCAAGAAGGACAUGCAUGCCCAGGCCGCUGAGUGGUGGGGCUGGGACUUUGAAAUGGCCAUUCCGCCAGAGCAGUCUGGCUUUCUCUACGACAUGUCUGUGAACAAGGCAGUCUUUGAGCACUUCAGUGACGAGACCAACCUCGUUUGGGAUCAGCGGGGAUUCAACGCUCUUAUUAUUGGCGAGGCCAAUGAGUUUUUGAAGAAGAAAGACCCAAGGCUCCUUCUCAGCACGACUGUGAAAACAAUCAAGUACAGCUCAUCUGGAGUCACCGUCUACAUGGAAGAUGGAGAUUGCAUCGAAGCCGAAUAUGCCAUCUGCACCUUUUCCGUCGGUGUUUUGCAAAAUGAGGUUGUCAAGUUCAAGCCAACUCUGCCCCACUGGAAGAGAGAGGCCAUUGAGCAAUUCCAGAUGGGAACCUACACCAAGAUUUUUAUGCAGUUCAACGAGACGUGGUGGCCAAGAGAUACCCAGUACAUGCUCUACGCGGACCCGACAGAGCGUGGCUACUACCCCAUGUUUCAGUCUCUGAGUGCCACCGGCUUUGUUCCCGAAUCCAACAUCCUAUUUGGAACUGUCACAGGCACACAGGCCUACCAAGUUGAGAAGCAGACCGAAAAGGAGACACAAGCCGAGAUUAUGGAGGUACUGCGGUCGAUGUUCCCCAACAUCACUGUACCUGAACCCACCUCCCUCAUGUAUCCUCGAUGGAGCCAAGAAGAGUGGGCGUUUGGGUCCUUCAGCAACUGGCCCCCAGGAAUGACCCUUGAGAAGCAUCAGAACCUCCGAGCCAACGUGAACAGGCUCUGGUUUGCGGGGGAGGCCAACUCGGCCGAGUUUUUCGGCUACCUACAGGGAGCUUGGUUCGAGGGCAAGGAAAUGGGCGACCGGAUCGGCAAUUUGAUCAAUACCGACGGUGCUGUUGCCGAUGGUGAAGGGGAAUUGAUGAGAUAUGACGUGCUUCACGGCGAUACGUUCAAGGAUGAAUACGAUGAUGUCAACGGGUGGACAAUCGAUAUCGAUAAAUAGGUGCUUUGAAGCUUGAGUAUGUAUUAUUAAUGUUGUCAUUUGCAUAUGCAAGUACAGCUCAAUCCAAAGGAAUUUUGAAUAAUGUACUAAGCAUCACGGUUUAGCAUGCAAACCUAAUGAGAC